UUAUAGUUUUCAUUGUUUGCAAUCUUUUUGAUAAAAAGUAUGCGAAAAAUGUAGGUGAACGUAGUCUAAUAGUGCCCUGUUGAUGCAAGUUGGUGUCAUCCAGUGAAGGAAUAGUCUAUUUUGCCGAAAAAUCGCUUGUAGAUUUAAUGAUUGUGAUAAUCUAAAGGUGCAGUCGUCCCGUUUAAGAAAAUAGGAGGAGUUUCGCAUGUCAUGAGCAUAAAAUGCAUAAAAUGAACAUAAAUGUGCCCAGAAAUCGUGCCCUGAUUUGAUUUCCAUUGAUUUUAAGUGAAUUUAGGCCAAUGCAUCGCAGGUAGUUGAGAUUUUCUGCUCGGUGUUGGAUAGCCAUAGUGCGAGAAGAGGAGAAAAUGUCGUGUACGGAUUUAAUGAAGCCUAGACAAACUGUCGCCACUAUCGUGUAAUGAUAGUGAAGUAAGAAGGCGAAAGCAUACAUUGGAGCUGGUAUCGGAAUAGCUUGGGCUGCAUAUAAACGAUUGAUUUUUUGAGGGGUUUAUUUUUCUCGAAAUCGAAAUGGCAUCUGCCAUUGAGAAACCGGAAGGUUCUUCUUCUGAUCAAUCGAGGCAUGAGCCAGAGGAAGAACUUGAAGGAGCAGUUGGCGUGUCGGAAGCAGAUGCAAGUUCACGGUUUACCAUCCCCUUGAAGAGCACCGACGACGACGACGACGACGAUGAUGAAGAUCCACUAGAACUGAAAAAUCAAGAAAACCUUCCACCUACACCGUAUGAAGAAUGUUUGGAUUUGAAAAUUUUCGAAACCCUCGCUCAGCAGGAACUUGAAGCGGAAGCUCAACGGGCAGAUGAUAGGAAACAGGAUGUUGCAAGCAUGAAUUUCAUCGAUGGUUGUGAAUCAUCUCCUGGUCGUGAUCGUGAACCAUCUAGCAAACCUUCUCCAACGUGUUGCUCGGCCACUACUCCAACAUCAAAUGGCGGACAUCAUGGUGAUUCCUGCGGGUCAUCCAGUUCCUCAGCUCCAUGUUCUGGUGUUCGUCGCAAAGCCAAAGUAACUUCAACAUCCCUCGAGGAACCAGCUCUGAACGGGACAAAGAAGAAGGUUCGCCCCAACGGAUCUCUUAAGUCGUCACCCUCGCAGGAUUAUCUUCAGAUUUGGACGACUGCCACAGGUGAUAAUCAAAGUGAAGAAGAAGAGCAAUCUCAAAAGCAAGCAUCAAGUCCAACCAUGCAAAUUCAUCGGCCAUUGGAGCGAUCGUGGCCUCCAAAGCACAAUCGAAAGCAACAAUCUCAACAAGGAUCUGAAGAAUUUUCAUUUGACAUCAUAGAUACGGACGAGCAAAGUUACGGAGCAGGAGCAGAAGGCACAUCUUCUGGUGUGGAAUUUGCACCAGGGGAGUUCUUUGAGCAGAAGCCAAAGCAACUGCGACAUGAGAAGGUUGCACGUGUGAUAAAGCAACCUUUGGAAGGAAUUCAUGAAAGUGCACCGUUAGCUACUCCUGAAACUGAUGGAAGCUUAUCCGAUAAUACACCGCUGAGACUAGGAAGACUGGACAGGAAUGCCAAUCCCGAUAUAGAGACUGUAGCUGAAGCUGCUGAACCCAGUACCAGUAGCCUAACAAAACCCCCGUUGAAGAAAACCUCUCGAGCUGAGUACAGCUUUCCCGAGGCAGAUCAACAGCCAUCUUGUUCGACUGAAUCUACUGUGGUUGAUGUUAUUGGAGAAUCCAGUGUGAAUCUACAUAGACCGUUGACAAGAACAUUGUCUAAUAGCAAGACGAAGCAUACCGUCAAUGGUCCCAUCAUUCCAGGUGAACUGCUCGUCGGAGAACCCAUAAGAGCAACACAUGUUAUAUUUCCGAUCCAAAGCUUAUCACCUUGCGCAAGGAGUCCUCCUUCCGGAUCAUCCACUCGCUCAGGGUCACCUUUGGAGCAUUCUCCAGAUCGAUCGUCUCCUGUCAUUGUACAUCCAAAACCGAUUCGGCCUCAGCCACGUCCGUUGACCAGAGUUGGAUGCACUCGAAGUGAUCUGAUUUGUCCUCCGACCCCAACGCAUCACGCCCGAAGGCUUCGGGUGCUAUCAGACAACUUUGGGCCACCGGAUUUAAGACCGCGAAACGUUUUCUCACCCGACACUGCAGUUUCACCUGAAAUGCGUUACAAUGAGCUUGUAGCAGUCACCGGAAGCCGCGUUGAUCAACUACGGGUCGGUGAAGGUCGAGAAGACGAGAUCGAAACUGAUUCACCUAUGCGGCACUUGACCAGCACCAGACUUCCGUCCAUCCCGGAACGUGCUCGUGGAGCACUCGCGGAACCAGACGAGCCACUUCCUCCAGCAUGGGAAGCCAGAAUGGAUAGUCAUGGUAGGAUAUUUUACAUUGACCACGCUACGAGAAGCACCUCUUGGCAGAGACCUGGCGCACAAUCCGGCAUGACCGGCCCUGAUCAACAUCGUCAACAGCUCGAUCGUCGUUAUCAAUCCAUCAGAAGAACGAUCUACGAUCGACGUGACGGAGGUAGUCGUAGUCCGCCACGGUUUGGUUUCGAACCGAUUAAUCCACGCCAAGGAGCAUCGGCCAUUGCAGUUGCUAUUAAUGCUACUCAGAUCGAAAACCUUCAGUUCGAUCGAGCUGCUCACCCUGCCCUGUUGAUGAUCUGUCGCCCGGAUUUCUAUUCGAUGCUUCACACCAACACGGAUGCCAUUCCGAUCUACAAUCGCAAUGCUGCACUGAAGCACAUGGUUUCCCGGGUCCGACGGGACCCGACCUGCUUUUCCCGCUAUCAGCACAACCGUGAUCUUGUCAACCUAGUCAAUUGCUUCUCUUCGCCGGAUAAAGAUCUGCCUUCCGAGUGGGAAUCAAAGGUGGAUCAAAGUGGAAAGCAAUUCUUCAUUGACCAUGCCAAUCGGCGUACGUCUUUCAUGGAUCCGCGAGUGCCUACCGACUGUCCUCGGGCACGCCACAGACCCGAGCAGUUGAUCGCUGCCACUACAGUAGCCCCGAUGGAUAUUGCACCAAUUCCACCGCCCAGACCUCCGGCAUUGCCACGUUUGAGUAUCGGAUCGCCAGAGAUUCCGGUGGCUUACAAUGAUAAGGUGGUUGCAUUUCUGCGUCAGCCGAACAUCUUGGAAAUCCUUCGGGAACGUCACGGGGCAGCGGCUUGUUCGAGAAAUCUUCGCGAAAAGAUCAACUCCAUCCGAGUGGAAGGAACGGCGGCCUUGGAUCGACUCAGUCACGAUUUGCAGUUGACGAUCCUUCUGAGCCUAUUCGAGAACGAGAUUAUGAGCUACAUUCCAGUGGAGGCUCGCAGUCCACAGGGUUCACCGAAUCUCAAUAACUCACGGGUACCGCAACGUGCCCCUCCUCCCUUCCGCAGGGACUUUGAAGCUAAGCUACGCACCUUCUACCGAAAGUUGGAAUCGAAAGGAUUCGGUCAGGGGCCACAUAAACUGAAAUUGCACAUCCGCCGUUCCCAUCUGCUGGAGGAUGCCUUCCGACGGAUUAUGUCCGCCAACAAGAAAGACCUUCAACGGGGACGACUGGCAGUCCUGUGGGACACCGAAGAGGGAUUGGACUACGGCGGUCCAUCGCGUGAGUUCUUCUUCCUGCUGUCCCGCGAGCUGUUCAACCCAUACUACGGACUGUUCGAGUACUCAGCCAACGAUACCUACACGGUGCAGGUCUCGCCGCUUUCGGCCUUCGUGGACAACAGUCAUGAUUGGUUCCGCUUCAGUGGCCGCGUUCUCGGUCUCGCCCUGGUCCAUCAGUACCUACUGGACGCCUUCUUCACCAGGCCGUUCUACAAAGCUCUGCUGCGGCUACCGGUAGCAUUGAGCGAUCUGGAAUCGUUGGAUAACGAAUUCCACCAAUCGCUACAAUGGAUCCGGGAUAACGACAUUGGAUCCGGUGUAUCACUAGGCCUCACUUUUUGCGUCACAGAAGAACUGCUGGGCAGAGUUGUAGAGCGAGAGCUGAAACCAGGUGGUAAGAACAUCCCAGUGACGGAAAAGAACAAACGUGAGUACUUGGAGCGUAUGGUCAAGUGGCGACUGGAGCGUGGAGUCCAAGAGCAGACUGAAUCCUUGGUGCGUGGCUUCUAUGAAGUCGUUGAUCCACGGCUAGUGUCAGUGUUCGAUGCUCGGGAGCUGGAGCUGGUGAUUGCCGGCACGGCAGAGAUAGAUCUCAACGAUUGGCGGAUUAAUACGGAAUACCGCAGUGGUUACCACGAUGGCCACCAGGUGAUAGUGUGGUUUUGGCAUGUGAUUGAAAAGUUCACCAACGAACAGCGGUUACGGUUACUACAGUUUGUGACGGGCACGUCCAGCAUCCCGUACGAAGGAUUUGCGGCCCUGCGAGGUUCCACCGGACCUCGGCGGUUCUGCAUCGAGAAGUGGGGCAAACCGAAUGCCCUUCCCCGGGCACAUACCUGCUUCAACCGGUUAGAUCUACCACCCUAUCCAACGCCAGACAUCCUGUACGAGAAGCUCCUACUAGCCGUCGAAGAAACCAAUACGUUUGGAAUUGAGUAGCUAACUGGAAACGGUGAACUCUGGCUUAGUCGGAGCGAUGUGCUCUUCUACUAUCUGUUGCUGUUUCUAUUUUACAGUAUAUUUAUUUUCUACUUCUUCAAGAUUUUAAUCGUUCAACUGUUGUGAAGAAAAUGAGUUGAAA